CGAAUAAAUAGAAUUGUGUAAACCUAUAAAAUAUAAACAGCAAAUACAAAUCGCGGUCAAGUUAAAGGUAUAACAUUAUAUAUCGAGCCAGCGUGGUUUAAGAACGGAAAAAUAAAACGGGAUUAAUAUUGCGAAAAAUAUAAACAACGAUUUAAAAGAAAUUUGAUCAGAUGAGAUGGAGAAGGCCAAUGACGAGGACGCUGAUUACGUCUGCAGUCUGGAUGAAGACACAAUCAAUCGUAUAAAAGUAGAGCUCAACGAAAACCCAUCAGAUAGACUUGCUUCAGUUAAAGCUUUCCGGAAAUGGAUCUUGGAACAAAGCUCAUGGCUCAAAUCACCAACAGGUACAAAGUUUCUGCUGGCAUUUUUGCGUAUCAGUAAAUUCAGCCAGCUGGUUGCUAGAGAGAGGCUGGUCAACUUCUUGGCUUCUUUUAAUGAUUCUGUCAGCUAUCUCAAUGGUUAUGAUCCAGGGGAUCCCAAAUUUUUACAAAUACUCAGAGAUAGUCGUGUGUUUACACCAUUACCUCAAAGAGAUUCGGAUGAUAGAACGAUAAUACUGGGAAAUUACGAUAAUUUUGACCCCACCGGUGCCUCCUACGAUUACCCCGACUUUCAGCGGUCAGUGUUAGCAAUAUGCCAUUCACUAGUGUUUUGUGAUGAACAAUUCCAAGCUCAUGGCGUGAACUUUUUAAUGGAUUAUAAGUCAGUGACCAUGAAACAUGUCCGAUUUGGAGGCUCCGAAAACAUGAGAAAUAGAGCACAGCAUUUCCAGAAAGCACUACCAGUUUCGAUAAAGCAGUUUCAUCAUUAUAAUACAGGGCCAAUAUUUAAUAUACUGUUACACAUUUUAAAGCCAGCCUUGCCAGAGAAAAUGAGAAUAAGGGUCUUUAUGCACGGUAGCAGCAUGGUAUCUGUAUACAGGAGUAUUGACAUGUCCUUAUUGCCUAGGGAAUAUUUACCUGACGAUUAUGAAGGAAAAUGUGCGGGAACCCUCGAAGAAAUUACAGAAGAAAAUAUACAGAAAUUAAUAUUAGAACCCAGCCGACGUGCGUUUAUUAAGGACCUUUGGAGCGGAAAAUAUCAUGCGGAUCUUUCAAUGAAACCAGACACAACACAAAAAACUCGGAACGAUGGAGUAUACGGGUCAUUUCGGAAAAUAGAAACUUGACCAGACCCGUAUUUGUUUUGUUUUGAAUUGACUUAUGCUCAGUAAGAACUUGUAUCAGAUCCAGAAUGUGUAUAAACAAAUUUAGGUUGUUCUUUUUUACACAUGCAGGUCGCAUUUCAGUGUGGAAAGUAUAUUGUUAUACAAUAUAAAUUGCUGAAUGUUGGCAUACGUAUAUUGUUCGUAUGAUUAUCAUUUCAUAUACAUUUUUACAAGUUUUGUUAUAUCAUUACAUGUGUCGGACGUUCAAUUGACGUGAAAAUAAUUUUCAUUUACAAUGUUGUUUUGAACUGUUCAACACGAUGGGAAUCAAAAGUGAGGGAUUAUGCACAGUUAAACGGCUUAGGCCCAGUAGUAUAUUUGCCACUGACCAUUCCGAUUAAGGUAAUAGAACCGUAUUGGCUGUCAGAAAUUUCCGAUCUUUUACGUAUUAUCCGUGUGCGGGAUUUUCCACUUGGUAUGAAACACAAGUUUCAGUUAUGGCCGAAGCAUUAGCAUUAGCAUUACUAACUUUGGCAUUAAAUUAGCAUUAUUUUUAAUGCUAAAAUUGUGUCAUUAAUCAUUAUUUGGCAUUAUUUGAAAAAAAUAAUGCAUUACUAAUGCAUUAUGAUUAGCAUUACUACAACCCUGCUCCCUACACACUUGACCCUAUGACAAAGGUACAUAUAUUGUGAAUAGAAUUCAUGGAAUGAAAAUGUACCCGUGCUCACAUUAUAUCUAUUUUACUUUUUGUUGUCUAACACAUUUGUAUGUUUUAUAUGAGAGAUUAACUCCAUAACUCGAUAUUAUAAUAUAUGUAUUUAUUUGUUUUUACACUCUUAAAUAAAAUGUACUUUCUG